AUGGAUUCAUAUGAAAGUGUGUUGCUUGUAAAGAACGAGGUAUUCGUUUUUAAGAUACCGCCGAGACCCUCAAAUAGGGGUUACAGGGCGGCAGAUUGGAAUUUACAAGAGCCGCAAUGGACUGGGCGUAUGCGGUUGGUUGCGAAAGGCGAUGAAUUGAUAAUGAAGUUAGAGGAUAAAGCUUCUGGAGAAUUGUUUGCUAAGUGUCCUAUUGAUAAGUAUCCAGGAGUAGCUCUAGAGGCUGUAACUGACAGUUCACGUUAUUUUGUUGUGAGGAUUCAGGAUGAUAAUGGUCGAACUGCCUACAUAGGCUUAGGUUUUGGGGAUAGGUCAGACUCAUUUGACCUUAAUGUGGCAUUACAAGAUCACUUUAAAUGGUUGAAAAAGGAACAAGAAGGUGAACAAACGCAGCAGCAGAACCUUGAUUUGGGUUUUAAAGAUGGAGAGACAAUCAAAAUUAACAUGAAAAUUACUAAAAAAGAUGGUAGCGAAGGAUAUAGACCUAAGCGUGCUGUCGGUGGCAGUGGAGGAAACUUAUUACCACCUCCUCCAGGGGGAUCCCGCCUUCCUCCUCCUCCUUCACCUCAGCAUGCACCGUCUCCUGCGGAACCUACACCUGGUAAUUCUGAAUGGGGCGAUUUCAAUUCUGCAAGUGCUACCAGUCAGAAUCCAAUUACUCCAGCAAAUCAACAAAAUUGGGUACAAUUUUAA